AAACUCAAAGAAAUAGGUACAUAGGUAUUGGUUUUCUUUUUCGUCCUAUUGCUUUGUCCUACAAAACCUAAAAUUGAAUUCUAUUUAAAUUAUAUAUUCACUCGACGUAACAGGCCAACAUUCCGACACUAAAAUACAUGUGGGAAAAUGUAGUGUUCAUCACAGCCCGAUAGACGUCGGAUAUGAUUGAUCAAAUGAAAGUAAAUAAUAAAAAAGUCUUCGGAUGUUAAGUGAUAUCUCCGCUGACUGCGCCCACAGUAUCAUUAUGUGAUUAGUUUAAUUUAUGAAAUAAGAAGCUGUUGAAAAUGUCUGGGGAGGGCGAGCGGGCUUCGCGGCCUAAUUCCUUGUUGCUAGAAGCGCCGGCUCCCGAACGAGAGCCCUUGCGAUUCGAUGUAAAUCUGGUUGGAGCUCCUCCUGAAGUUGAGCAGCUCGUAAAUAAUAUAAAACAAGUGGCAGAGGAUUUUCUCUAUCAUUGGAAAACUUUUCCUAUUGUGCUCCCUCAGUCUCGAUUUACGGGGCCAGGUAAUCACCCAUCUGACAUCAUCAUAGCACCACCAUGUGAUGAGAUUGAUGCUGCAGCACUUGAUGCAGGCAUAGAGCCCCAUCCUCUAUCACCAAAACAAUUGCAUUCUAUUAGAGAGAAAGGGGAAUUCGAGGUGCCAUCUCGCCAUUUCCCCGGGCAGACUCACGUGUGGCGUGUGGCCGGUUGGCUGCAGCGUGGGAGGGUUCGUGCGAGGGAGGACUUGUACUGUCACGUGGCGAGGGCUGUCGCUCUGAUAGUGGUGGUGGCGAGGGAUAGGCUGGUGCGGGAUGAGCGGCUGUCGGUUAUUGCUGGGGUUAAGGCUUUGUUGAAGGGGUUGCAUAGGCUUUUGGAUUUAAUUAUUGGUAUGCCAUGGCUAGAAGCUCGCGAUCUUGAUAAGAAAAUAAGAGAAGAACGAUCGCGGUAUUUAGUCGCGGAAUUGAUAUGCAAGCCAGAGAAUCGCGAGGACAUAUCGGCGCUCGCCGCGUGGGUGUCGCGCGCGAUGCGGCGCGCCGCCGCCGAGAAGGCGGACGCGCGCGACCCGCCGCGCGCCGCGCCGCGCGUGCCAUACGCCUACACCACGCCGCAGCGGACGCAGGUGGAUUUAAGGCUGUACAGACGCGAGCUGCUCCGCCGCGCCGCGCCCGCGCUCCAAGCGAUACUGGAGCGCGAGUCGCGCGGCUGGUUCCUGCACUUCCGUGAGAAACGCGCCGCGCACCUCGCCAGCCAGAAGGUGCCGUUGAAGGAUAUUGAGGAGGAGGUGUCGCGCGGCGCGAUGCGCGAGUACGUGUCGCGCGUGUGCGGCGCGGUGGCGGCGAGCGCGCAGCUGGCGGCGCUCGGCGCCGACGUGCCCGACCUGCUCGCCGACCAGCUGCGCGCCUACGUCGCGCUCACCAGAGCGGAAGAUGGUGUGCGUCGCAAGCUCGAAGCGGGGCUAGCGACAGCCGAAGCACGCAUCCGCGCCUCGCACCCGAUCCUGUCGCGAGCGGACGCGUGGCGAAGCGAGAAGCUCGCGAUAGCGGCGCAGCGCCUGCGCACCGAGCUGCGGUGGACCGCCAUGGAGGACGCCGCGGCCGCUAUGCAGGCGCACAAACUGCACCAGCACCGGUACUUCCUGUUGCGGGAUCUCACGUUCCUGAGGGACAGGGAGCCGCUGUUGAUGAAGGAGCUGCGCGCGGCGAAGGCGCCGACGAACGAGUUCCGUUUCGCGACGCGCAUCUGGCUGGCGCGCAACUGGGCCGUGGUGCGGCACUUCCGCGGGCGCGCCGAGCGCAUCCCCACCGUCAUCAGCGCGCGCCCCACCAGCAUCGUCACCCCGCGCUCCGACCCCUCGCAGCCCGUGUUCCUGGCGCACCGCGACACGCUGCGCGCCGCCUCCACGCGCUGGCCGGCCUGGCGGCUGCUCACGCUGGCGCACAGAGCAUGGUCGUGGACGUGGAACAUCAUGUUCCUACUGGGCGUGGUGGUGCCAUGGUGUUCGCCGCUCUCGCUUCGCACGCUGCUCUGUGUCAAACCCUUCGUGCCCGACCUGGAGCUGUCGCAGGUGAAUGGCACCCUAUUCCCAAAGAGGAGUAGCGAAACGCAAACGAUGUGGUCUCGUCUCCUGCAGCUGUGGCGGUACGUGUCCAAGGAGCGGACCAGGUUCGAGACUGAGCCGGAUACAGGUCUGCUGGGCAAGGGCCUCAGCCGGCAAGCGCACCGCGUGUGGGCGUACGGGCUGGUGGGCGGGCUCGGCUCGCUCGCGCUGCUGCUGCUGUUCCCGCUCGCGGCGCUCGCGGUGAGCGCGCUCUCGCUCGCGGCCGCGCUCACCGUGCCGCUGUGGGCGCCGGCGCUCGCGCUCGCGCUGCACGUGGGCGCCGCGCUGCUCUACGAGCUAGACGCGCCUAACCCGGGGAAGCUUAACAGAUGGUUCGUGUUAUUCGAAGUGUUAGUAUGGCGCAUCGCAAUACUAGGAAUACUCCAGCCGCUGCUCGCAGUCGUGGUCGCCGUUGUACUGUGCCCGAUUUCGGCGCUUAUACUACUUAAAGCGAUCGGCGCGUGCGCGCAGGAGCUGUCGCGGCAGCUGGGCGCGGCGGCGCGCGCGGACGACUGGUGGGCGGCGCGCGGCCUCGAGCCCGCCGACUGGCACGCGCUCGCCGCCAACAUGCUCGCUGAGGUGUUCGACGCGGAGAUCUUGGUGCCGCUGGAGGAGGGCGAGGCGCGGCUGCCGCUGGAGGCCGGCGGCGCCGCGCCCGUGUGGGAGGCGCGCACCGCGCGGGACCACGCGCCGCCCGACGUGCUCGCCGAGCGGGACCACUGGCCGCACCCUGCUGGUCCGUGGGGCAUGUGCGGCGAGUGGGGCGGCGCGCCGCUGCCGCGCGUGGCGGCGCCGGCGCUGGACGCGGGCGCGUUCAGCCCGCGCGCGCCGCACCUGCCGCCCGUGCCGCACCCCGCCGCCGUCGCGCUCGUGCUGCACAACAGAGAGUCCGACAACCCCGUGCCAUUGGAGUCUGAACUGUGCGCGGAGAUCCUGCGCAGCUUGGAGGAUGCGCCUGACUGCGAUGACAGGCGAGACGGUGUAGAGAGGUACCGCGGCGGCGGCAGCGCGGCGACCAGCGAGACGAGCGGCUCCACGUCGCCGGACGACGAGCGCGCGCGCCCGCUCGCCGGCUCGCCCGACUCCGCGCUCUGCAGGAUAUCCCCGGCGGGCGAGCGCGCCGCGUGCCGCUGGACGCUGACGGGGCGCGGCGUGCGCCUGCGCGCCGACCUCGCCAGCCCCGAGGACGUCUCGCUCGACGCCGAGCGCCACGGCACCUCCGUGUGAGCGGCCU